AUGCUCCCAGUUAAGAAGAAAGACCCAGGGAGUUUCAUAGUACAGGAAACCAUUGGUAAGUACAACAAUGCUAGAGGUCUCUAUAAUUUGGGUGCAAGUAUAAACUUGAUGCGUAGAUCUAUGCUUAAAAAAUUAGGCCUUGGAGAACACAAACAGACCACAAUUGUGUUGCAAUUGGCUGAUCGUUCUGUGGCUAGGCCAAAUGAAAUAGGAGGAGCACUAAUUGAUGUAACUGCAAGUAGAUUGACCAUGAGGGCACAUGACAAGGUCGAGGUAUUUGAUGCCUAUCAAGCAUUGAAAUUGCCCAUAGUUUAUGAAGAUUUGUCUGCAAUAACUGUAAUUGAUGAGGAAGUGGCAGCUUAG